AUGAACGUCUUGGAUGACAUGGGGGUGAGUAAAUUAUCAGGACAUUUUGAUUUGAAAGUGAACUAAUCCUUUAAUAAGCAAAUGUUACUCUGCUCUUUUUACAAACAACGUUGAGCUCAUUGUACAGUCUUUAAUUCCAGUAGCGGGUGCUAAUGCGGUUAUUUUUAUUGAUUUAAAAUACAAGUACAUCAAACGAAUUCACAGUUCAGUCUUUUGAAAUUGUUUUGCAUAGGCCUAUAUCAAGUACUUUCCCUAACAGAAUUUUGUUAAGAACUUUACCUCAUAAAAAUGUUCCUGUAAUGUCAAGAAAAUUGGACGUUUUAAAUGUUCCCAGAACCAACACUAAAUAUUUAGAGAACGUUUUUAGCAGGGUUGUGCCGCGAGACGAAGUGGAUCAACUUGUCAGACGCCAUUCUGGAUUUUGGCGUUCCCUUGUACGGUAGCUCUGAAUUAUGAUUUGAUGCAGUGUGUAAACGUGAUUAACAGAACGUCAGGUCGUAAUUUCGGUAAUCUGUUCACAGAUGCUCGCUCUCUUCCUCUCCUGCCUUUUAUUAUAUAUUAACAAUAUAUAAUAUAUUGUCUAUAUUAAGCUAUUGUUUUUUGGUUCUGUUUUUUUCUUUUUCUUUUUCUUUUUUUUUGCACUUUGUCUAUCUUGUAUAUUAUUCUUUUAAUCUUUUUAUUAUCUGUGUCUUGUGGCUGUGACUCUGAGCUUCUGUCACUAAAACAAAUUCCUAGUAUAAACACACCUGGCAAUAAAGCUUUCUGAUUCUGAUUCUAUCCUGUCACACACCUCCCUCUUCUCACAGCCAUCCACGCCCAUCUUUAAGUUUCAGAUUGUGAUGUAGACUUGAACUUGGGUUUCAUUUUGACCAUUUAAAACGGACGCACGCAGGAAAACGCGUCCAGAGUUUUACAUCAUCAAUCAUUACACCCGGGAUCGUAAUGGCGGCUCAAAAACUAUAUCUAACAUUAAUUUUGAUCACUGUUUGUCUUGACAAACGAAACGAAUUUGACGAUCACCCUAGGAGAAGGCAUCCUGAAGGACUUGCUUCUAGAGACUGGCUUCACCAGUGUACACUCAGUAAAAACACAGCAGAUGGCAAAGUGCUUGUUUCCAGUGACUCCUCAUCAUCUCCAGAGUUCAUCCAGGAGCUUCUCCCAUCUGCGGAGCGAACGGCUCUCCUCUAUCAUCUCUCUUACCUGUGUUUGGGAAGCUUCCCAGAGCAGGAGCGUCUGAUCAGAGAGAGAGCUCUCAAAACACAACUACUGUUCGGAUCCUCUGAAGCUCUUCUGCUGAAAUGUGUAGGAAUGAGCAGAAACCUUGUCACAUUGCUGCUGCCCAGUCUGAAGGUGGCUGCAGAGAAAAACAAACCAGAAUUAGCACUGAAAUUCCUAGAAAAAGCCAAAGGAUGGAUCAGUGACAUCAUAACGGAUGUUAAAGAAAUUGUGAAGAAGUACGAUGAACAUAACACUGAUGUAGCCUCAUUAACUAGUAACUUCAACAAAGAAAAGGAGGAGGCCAAGAAGAAGGAGCAGGUACUAACUGGUGAGAUGAAGGAACUUCAGAAGAUUAUUGAUGAUCUCGAAGCAAAACUUCUUAGCAUCAAUAAACAGAUAGAAGACUAUGAGAAGAAGAUUGAGGAGAAAAACUUAGAGAUUCGUGAAUUAAUCAGCAACAUCACCAGCACCAUGAAAGAAAAGCAGACAUGUACAGGGAGAUGCACGACAGGUUUUGACUUAUAUUCUAUGAUUGUGCCAUUUGCGGAAAGGAUUAUCAAUUAUAUUUUCGAAAUGAUAAGCUCAUCUGAAGAGGAAGUUCAACUCAGAGCUCUUCGUGCUGAUUUAACUGAGAUCACUGAAGCACAGAAAAGCCUGAAAAAGGAAGAACGACACAUCCAGGACAAGCUGAUGGACAACCAGCUGAAGCUGAUCAAAUUACAAACUGAAAACGGUCAGAUGCCCAGCAUCACACUCCUUGAUGACGUCCAGCAGAGUCUGUCUCGAAUCCAAAAAAGUCUGGUUCAGCUUCAGAAUUUCUGGGAGAAAGUGGGUUCUUUGUUGGACACGAUGAAGGAAAGCACCUUCACUGGGGAGAUUUGGAUUGAAGAUCUCACUGAUAUGAAGGAAGAGUUCCUGAAGUCCAUAUAUGCAGCUGAAGAGGAAUGGACACAGUUUGGCAACAGCUGCAAGAAGGGCUACCACAUCUUAAGUGUUCAGGCGAAUCAAGCCUACAGGUUUCUGGAGAUCAGUCCUUCAUCUCUGUCUGAAGAAGAGCGGCAGAAAGAGUAUGAGAGCGUGAAAGAGAAACUAGAGAAUAUAUGACCAGAUGGUGUCAAUUUGGUGUCAAUGCCUUUUCUUUCAUAUCAACUCUGAACUGUCAUGUCGAGUUGAGCUUUCUGUAACUACAGAGUUUUUCACACUUUAACUUGUUCUAACAGAAUCCUGGGUAAUCUUUCUUCAACAGGGUUAAUAAUUAAUCCUGGGUAUUCAUACGACGCCUUUUUACACUGUACAUUCCUAAACCCUGGGUUAUGGUCUCUUCUUUGCUCAAAUUGACGCAUUUUCUGUCACCAUUUUACAUUUUCACUUUAAACACUAAAAUGUUUUGUAAAAUUCUUUUAAGAAUAUCCAUAAUGGCAUCACAUCAAGUUGCAUAAUUUUUGGUGGGAAAACAACAGCACAAACAUCAGUGAGGAUCAGAGUUAUUGAGUUCUUCAGGUUGAUGGCCUCAUAUAAGUUAACUGAGACUCAAUUACUAACUUCAGCUCUUACUGAACAUCAUAAUCAUUUUAUGGCCAUAAAAGGACAAGAAGCUUCAAUGUUGAAGGGAGGUGGUGAAGUGAAAAUAUUAACCCUAAAAAUAGACUUUGUUCAAUAGCUUCAGAUUAGAGAACAGUUCAUCCUUCAUAUUUUUCCCAUGGAUGAGGACACUGCUAUGUGUGGAGCACAAAUCAUGAAUCAGGUGUGAUGAUCACCC